AAAGAAAAAUGGCCGAAAAUUCAUCGUCUCCUCCCAAACCAAUGCAAUCAGGGAACCCGGUAAUUGAGACGUCGAACACACAGUUAACGGCGGCGGGGGCACCGCCGAACGCAGGAGGUUCCAUGACCUCGCCUUCCAAUAACAGUUCAAUUUCCCACUCGCCUUCCGUUGACCUCCCGCAAAUCCCCUUGACAACUUCGCAACAACAUCAUCAUGUUCAACAGCAACAACUGUAGUAACCAUAAUAAUAUGAUCACGGAAUCAAUGGCAUCUAAUUUGCAGAUUCAGCAAUUGCAGAGAUCUCCCUCAAUUUCGAGGUUGAGUCAAGUACAGCAACACCAGCAGCAGUUUGGUUUGACAAGACAGCAAGCCGCUGCUGGGAUUUAUGGGCAGAUGAAUUUUGGGGGUUGUAUACCUCAACAACAGCAGAAUCUCCAACAGCAACAACAACCACAGCAAUAUCAGCAGAAUCUCCAACAGAUGAGUGCUGGUAUGAAUUUAUCUAGAUCGGCAUUGAUGGGACAGACUGGCCACCUCUCUAUGUUACCUGGACAAAGCGCAAUCGCUUCCUCUGCUGCCACAGCCCAGUUUAAUUUACAGCCUCAAUAUUUUUCUGCGCAUCGGCAAAAGGCUGGUUUAGUGACGGGGUCUCAGCUACAACCAGUGAACUCCCACGGGCAGCCCUUGCAAGGAAUGCAGGCAAUGGGGAUGAUGGGAUCUCUAAAUGUGAACUCUCAAAAUAGAGCCAAUGGAUCAAUUUUUUCCACGCAAAGGAUAAACCAGGCCCUGAGGCAGCAAGUGUCUCAGAACUCUCCGUUCAUGUCCAACCAGGUAUGGAAUAUAAUGUUUGGCUAGGAUUCACUCAUGGUGGUAUAGUCUAUUCUUGCAAUGUUUCUUUAUCUAGUUCUUUCACUCAAUGUUUGAAAAGGCGGAACCCAAGCCCGCCUCAAGGCGCCCAAUGAAACUUUUUCUAGAAAAUAACGCCCUGGUGCGAAUCCCGAUUCACGCAAUUAGCCAUUUUGCGCAAUUUGCUUAAAGGCUUACGCCAUGGGGCGCACGCACUGGUGCGCGCAAUGAGGCAUACGCAAUUUAGUGUGUAAAAUUUAGGAAAUCAAAGGUUUAAAGUUGU